AUGGCAGAUCCUUUCCAGUUUUUAAGCCAAUCAGACUCAGGAAGGUCUGUUGCUAGCCGAAGUAAAGGGCUACAAGAGGCCAUGUCAUCGAAAGUCAGGCAUCCAUCAUCUUGCACGUCUAGGAAAAACAACCCAGGGGUGGGACAGGCUCCUUUUGACCCACCUCUUGAAGCAGUUUUCUCUCCAAACCAUACACAAUCCUCCAAAAGGGGAGCUGACCAAAUCCAUACUGACUAUGCAGGCCUGCUGGUGAAAAACAAGACUCUUCAAACAGAGGUAAGGAAUCUUCAAAACAGGAUCCUCACAAAAGAAUCUUCCUUGCAAGAGAUGAAAUUCGAACUAGAAAAUUACAAAGAAAAUAAUGCCAGACAGUCUUCCCAGAUUCUGUCCCUUAAAGAUCAUAUCAGGGAUCUAGAGGAAAUCAAUGCUUCCGCCACCAGAAUAAAGACUUUGAAAAAUGCCAGCAUUCAGAAUCUCGAAAAAGGCAACUGGGACUUAAGUGAAAGAGUUGCAGAACUUGAAAGCCGUCUAAGAAUACAGCUGGUUGAAAGAGAAAAAGCAGAGCAAAAAGCAGCCAACUUGGAGAAAAAGUUGUUGGAUUACACACAGAAAUUAGCUUCUUUUAUGAAUCUAGAUAUGAAAGUACAAGACGAUCCUUUACAGGUUUUAGUGAUGAAGGACAGGGAUGAAGCUAACCUGGCCAAGCAUUUGGAAAGAGAAAACUUAUUUCUCUUAGAGAGACUGAAAGAUGGGCAGAAGGCUUGGGAUAAAUGCCAACAUGAUUUGAUCCACAAGGAAAAACAAAUUUCUACAAUAGACCAAAUCCCAAUCACCCUCAACUGGGAAACUAAAACUACUCAGAACCAGUAUCAGAGUUUUAUCAAUCAACUUGCUAUUCUUCUAAGCAACACCCAUGUAAAUGUACCAGCUACAGAGGAUGCUGUGAAGGAAAGGAUACAAGAAAUCAGUACUAAUGAACAAUCUUGGAAAUAUAAAACUGAUAUCCUUCAGGAAGAGAUCAGGUUGCUAACUCAGCAGAUUGACCAUCUGCAUCAGCUUUACCAAGAGGCUUUGUAUAACUCAUCCCAAGCUGAAGAAAAGUUUUUGGAGCAAAAGAAAUUCUUGAAGCUCUCUGAAGAGAAACCAGCCGCUCAUGAUUCCUUUCAAGAGAGAUGGGAUUUAGAAAUGAAUAAAGAAUGUACUCAAAAGGAAAUGAGAACUUCACAGUCAGAAGAGUUGGAGAUGAAGUUCAGGCAAUUAGAGAAAGAAAAAAGACAAAAUAUUCUGUGGAAUAUUGAACAGAGCUUGCAGAUCCCAACAAGUCUAAGGCUGGAGGAAAAAGUGGAGAAACUUCAGAAAGAUCUCAGUGAAAUGAAAUUGUCAAAUCAAAACAUGAAAACACAGCUGACAAGAGUCAGUGACCUUAAAGACAAAACCAUUGAAAAGUUACAAAAAUCUUUAAAAAAGGCUGAAACAAUUAAAGAGAAGUCAACUAAAAAAGUAAAGAAUUUGAAAACAACAUUAGACUUUACCGAGCUGGAAGCCAAAGAGGACAAAGAAAAAGCCUAUCAGAUGCUGGAAGCUGUCACUAAUGAAUUAUACACAGUCAAAAAAUCACUUGAAGAAGUAGUAAAACGAGAAAAACAGCUCAUAGAAUUUAGAGAAUCUGUUAUGAAGAUGAUGGGCUUUAACAUCAAAAUUCCAGACAAGGAUAUCAUUAAUCAACUCAAGCCCAUCAUACAAGCUUACGAAGCUUCUUUAACUGCAUCUAGCAGCAGAUCAAAGAUGUCUAGCGAUUGUAAGACUGUCCAGGAGAAUGAAUGA